CUCUCUCUCUCUCUCUCUCUCUCUCUCUCUCUCUCCCUCCCUAAACACGCUCCGCAUAUUAUUCUCUCUCUAAAGACAGUGUCUUUUUUGUACGUUUGAGAGAGAGAGAGAGUGUGCGUGAGUGUGUUUGGUUUUGAGCUUGAAUAUAAAGGAGACAGGAGCAAAAUCUUUAGUGUGGGAGAAUAAAAAAAGGAAAGAUUUUGCAUUUUUUUUAUUUGGAGCAAAACCAGAAGUGAAGUGACGACAUAUGUACUCUGACCUCUCUUAGGGUUCUUCUUCUUCUUCGAGACGUCUCUAGUGCCGAUUUAGAACUUCGAUUAAGCUAAGAACUACUGAGAAUUUGAAAGUUCCCAGCUCAAUGCUGGAGAUCGGCUAGGAGGAUCUUGGUGGUUUCUUGGCAUGGAUUUGAAAUUGUUCAGUUGAAUUCUGUUAAAAUCUCAGUGUGAUAUCUCUGUGGGUUUUUGUGAAAAUGAGGUCAGAUACGGUUCUUGAUUAUGCGGUAUUCGAAUUGUCGCCAAAGCAUUCACGAUGUGAACUGUUUGUAUCAAGCAACGAAGAGACAGAGAAGCUUGCUUCGGGGUUGAUUGAACCCUUUUUGAAUCAUUUAAAAGUUCUUGAAGCACAAGCUUCACCUGUUGUUCAAUCCUCUAUUAGAUUGGAGGUUGAGAAAAGCAACACUUGGUUCACUAAAAAAACAUUAGAAAGAUUUGUUCAGUUUGUUAAUAGUCCAGAAGUUCUGAGAAAGGUCAAUACAGAUUAUUCCGAGAUGUCGCAGUUAGAAGCAGCUCGGACAUUAUAUUCGCAGCGAAGCGAAGACUCAAAGUCUGGUGCAUCAGAUGAUGGAGCCGCAGCAGAUGCCACAAAGAAGGAACUCUUAAGGGCUAUAGACUUAAGACUUGAAGCUAUUAAAAAGGACUUAACAAUGUCCAUUUCUCAUGCAUCAGCUUGCGGUUUCAACCCUCAUACUGUUUCCGAACUCCAACAAUUUGCUGAUAAAUUUGGUGCACAUUAUUUGGGUGAAGCAUGCAGCAAAUAUAUCUCACUAUGGAAGAAAAGGCCAGACUUAAUCGAUAUGAAGCACUCAAAUAAUGUGGCUAGUGUUGAUAAUGUCAGUAUUGAAAAAGAUGGCACGCGCCAGAAGCAAUAUGCGGUAGAUGAAACAGAACAUCAAACGCAACAGUGUGCUACUACAAGUACCAAAAGGAAUGAAGAGGAGAAGACUGUUGAGAGUUUGGAUGUAACCUCUUCUACAGCUAAGACCAGUCAACACACAAGACGACUCAGUGUGCAAGAUAGGAUUAACCUCUUUGAAAACAAACAAAAGGAGAACUCAAACUCUGGGGGAUGCAAACCUGUAGCUGUUACUAAAUCCACAGAGCUCAGGAGAUUCUCCUCGGAUCUUACUUCCUCUGAGAAACCUCUCCUGAGAAGAAGCAGUCUUUUGAGUGACAUGAGCAUUGAUUUGGCAUCAGAAAAGAAGUUGGAGAGUUUCCUAGGGGAUCCCUCUUCUACUUCUUCGUCUGUUCCUCAUACCAUAGCUCUAACUGAUUCCAGUGAAAGCGUUAAAAAGGAUGAUGAUGUCAAAUAUGAGCUGAAGAGUGACUCUGAAAAAGUUGGUGAUGAAGAAGCUUCUCAAGACAGAGUCAUGAGUCCCAAAACUGUCACUGAAAAGAGUUUAGAUCCAAGAGUUGAAGGAACUUCUGAUGCUCAGUCCAGAUCAGUUAUUGAUUUGAAUGAGCCUUCUGCUUCACAAAACCAGACUGAUAGUCAUGGCGGGAGGCUUCAGAAUGUCAAAGCCAAGAAUGUAUCACAAUCAUCAGCCAUGUUUCCUGCUCGUCAUACACGAUCUCGGUCAGCCCAUAUAGAAGCUAAUUUUCAGGGGGAUUUGGCUUCUCAACCACAGUCUAGAUCUUCUUUUGGCAGGAUCAAGAAGAAAGAAGUGGUUUCAUCAGAUGAACAACCAGUAUUACCUCAGAAACCCCAAUUCAAUGUGAGGGAUGGUCCUGACGAUGAGGAGGGCAGGCAGGUUCGAGGUAACAGUAAUAGGUUUCCAACUGCAUCGGUGGAUCAAACACAAAGGACAAGACUGUCAAAGGAAAUUCCGGGGGCUAAUGAUGAGCUGAAAAUGAAGGCAAAUGAGCUUGAAAAGCUUUUUGCUGAGCAUCAACUCCGGGUUCCAGGGGAUCAGUCAAGUUCUUCCAGACGUGGUAAGCCAAGUGAAAUCCAAGUUGCAGAGCCAGAGCCAUCUCAUUCUAUAGGGGCUGCAGACAAAAGGCUUUCUCUUGGUGGUGGUUCUGGUGAUCUUUCAAAGCUCAUGACUCCCUUGGUUGGUGAAAAAGACAAAGGGGAUGUAUUGCGAAGGAAUUUUUCGGACCUUAGUCUUAUGGAUGAUUCUAAAGGAAAGUUUUAUGAGAAGUAUAUGAAGAAAAGGGAUGCCAAACUGAGAGAAGAAUGGAGUUUAAAAAAAGGUGAGAAGGAAACAAAACUGAAGUCGAUGCAAGAGGCUCUUGAGCAAAGUAGAACCGAGAUGAAGGCUAAGUUUUCUGCUUCUUCUUCUGAGAGACAAGAUUCACUUUCGAGUACUCGUCAGCGGGCAGAGAAAUUCAGGUCUUUAAACUCUCGGUCAAGUAUGAAAAAGUACCAGCAUCCUAUAAACUCAUUUCAGAACGAAGAAGAUGAAGAUUGCUCUGAACAGAAACCUCGGGCGAAAGAUAAAGCAGCCAGUGGACAACAACAAGCAGUUGGCAACAUUGCUUCUCGGAGCUCCCAAGCUAAAAAGCCUAACAGGAACAUGUCUUCUUCUAUUACCCCGCGAACUGCAGCAUCGGUUCCAAAACCAUCAGGUAAAGCUUCAAACACCUCUUCUGGGAGGCGAAGAUCAGAGAAGUCACUUGCACAAUCUGUUCCCAAUUUUUCUGAACUUAUAAAGGAAAACACGAAACCAUCUUCUUUAGCUGUCAAAACUACUAUGCGAUCACAGGUGAGAAGUAGUGUUCGCACCAAGAAUGUCAAGGAAGAUACACCUCUCCAAAGACCUCGAUCAUUAAGGAAAAGCUCCUCUGGGAGCAUAGACUUCACGGAGUUGCCCACUCUCUGCUCCGAUGACAUGAUGGCCUCUCUAAGAGUGAACUCUGAUAUAUCUGAGAAUCUGAGAAAUGUAGAAUAUGAUGAGCCUGAAGCUGAGGCAGAAGAGGUCUCGGAGAAUGCUGUUAGAGAAGAUGAAGAAGAGGAAGAAGUGGAAGAACUUGGUUUUGAGGAUGAAAAUCCGACACUAAGCGAGGUGUAUGAGAAAGUUGAUAAUUCAGGAGAUGAUAAUUGUAGUUUCUUACCUGCCACUGUCCCUCCGAAAGUACUUACUGCUACCUCAUUAAUGGACUCACCCGGGGAAAGUCCUCUUUCUUGGAACGCAAACCUACAACACUCAUUCAGCUAUCCUCAUGAGCACUCGUCUGAUGUUGAUGCUUCUGCGGAUUCUCCCAUGGGAAGCCCUGCUUCGUGGAGUUCUCGGAUGAGAAAGAAAUGGGGAACAGCUCAGAGUCCUGUUACCGUUGCUGCUGCUAAUAAUUCGUCUCAGUUCCAGUCAAAGAAGGAUAUAAGUAAAGGGUUUAAACGGUUGCUAAAGUUUGGAAGAAAAAGCCGUGGUGCAGAAAGCUUGAUGAUGGAUUGGGUAUCUGUAACGACUUCUGAAGGAGAUGAUGAGGUUGAAGAUAGGAGAGACCUUGCGGACCGAUCAUCAGAGGAUUUAAGAAAGUCGAGAAUGGGAUCUCUACAAAGUCAUCUCUCUGAGGAUGGAUUUCAUGAGGGCGACUUCCCUGAACAAGCUUCCAAUAUCUCUGUAUCCGAGUUAAAAGAUGAUCAUCAAAUGUCUGGAAGCAACUUCAAAGCGCAAAAGUCGUUCUUCUCGCUCUCCACAUUCCGGGGGAAAGGAAAUGAUUCAAAGCCAAGAUAAAGAGAAAGAAAUAAAUCUUGGUCGGAUUUGAUUGCGCAGGUAAAGAGAGAAAACAGACACGAUUCUUUUGGCGGUAAAACAAAAUUUCUGGUACCAUAACGCAGUCUCGGGCACAGACUUCAGAGACGGGUCUUUUUUCCAUCAGCCAGCUUAGUAAUUUUGUUGAUUGUUUGUGUACAUCUUUGUUUAGCGAACAAGAUUUAUCCAAAUUUUUGUAUCGACAUUGUGAUAUUGGCAAUUUUGAGUCCAAUUUGUUUCUGGCCUUUAUGAGA